UCUUCUUUCUAUUUUCCGACUCUUACUAGGGUUUUGCAGUCGAUACUCCCAACUUUUCAGUCUCUCUCCGUCCAACAUGUCCCUUUACCGCCUCCUUCUCCGCUCCGUUCGCCGCCCUUCUACCUCUACCCAACCCCUCUCUCAUUUCCUUCGUUUAACCCAAAACCCUGUUCAGAACCCACACCUUUGCCGCUCAUUUGCCUUCACCUCCGCAGAGGAAGCCGCAGCUGAGCGCCGUCGUCGCAAGCGUCGUCUCCGCAUAGAGCCUCCACUUCAUGCCCUCCGUCCCUCCGUCAAUCACUCCCCUCCCCAUCGGGACCCCAACGCCCCGCGGCUUCCGGACUCCACUAGUCAGCUCGUUGGCCCCCGCCUUAAUCUCCACAAUCGCGUGCAGUCCCUUAUCCGCGCUUCCGACCUUGAUGCCGCCUCCCUCCUUGCCCGUUCCUCUGUUUUCUCCAACACCCGUCCCACCGUCUUCACCUGCAACGCCAUCAUCGCCGCCAUGUACAGGAACAAGCGUUUUGAUGAGGCAAUCGCUCUGUUUCACUUCUUCUUCAAUCAGUCUGAUAUCGUGCCAAAUAUUGUGUCUUACAAUAAUUUGAUUAACACUCAUUGUGAUAGGGGUGAAGUUGAUACAGCUCUUGAGGUUUACCGCCAUAUUUUGGCCAAUGCGCCCUUUAGUCCAUCCCCCGUGACGUACAGGCACUUGACCAAGGGCUUGAUAGACGCGGGGAGGAUCGGGGAGGCCGUGGAUUUGUUGAGGGAGAUGUUGAAUAAAGGUCAUGGUGCUGAUUCUUUGGUUUUCAACAACUUAAUUUCUGGUUUCUUGAGCCUGGGGGAUUUGCAGAAGGCCAAUGAGCUAUUUGAUGAGUUGAAAGAGCGAUGCCUGGUUUAUGAUGGAGCUGUCAAUGCAACGUUUAUGGAGUGGUGGUUUAAUCAGGGGAAGGAUAAGGAGGCCAUGGAGUCUUACAAGUCAUGGUUGGAUAGAAAAUUUAGGAUAAUCCCUGCAACUGGUAAUACCCUUCUGGAGGUUUUGCUCAAGCACGGGAAGAAGACUGAGGCUUGGACUUUGUUUGAGGAAAUGUUGGAUAAUCAUACGCCACCCAAUAUUCAGGCAGUGAAUUCUGACACGUUUAAUAUUAUGGUAAAUGAGUGUUUCAAGUUGGGCAAGUUCGAGGAGGCAAUUCAGACCUUUAAGAAGGCAGGUACAAAGGCAGGAUCCAAGCCUUUUGCAAUGGAUGUUGCAGGGUAUAAUAACAUAAUUACCAGGUUUUGUGAGCUGGGGAUGUUAUCUGAGGCAGAGAAGUUGUUUGUAGAAUUGUGUUCAAAGUCUUUGUCACCUGAUGUGCCAACCUAUAGGACAAUGGUUGAUGCAUAUCUCAAGGCAGAGAGAAUUGAUGAUGCUUUGCAGACGUUUACCAAGAUGGUGGAAUCUGGUUUGCGGGUGGUUGCAAGUUUUGGAAGUAGAGUGUUUGGGGAGCUUCUCAAGAAUGGAAAAAAUGCGGAGUCAGCUUGGCUUUUGACAAAAAUGGGGGAGAAAGAUCCUAAACCUGAUGCCUUGAUUUAUAAUGUGGUGGUCAGGGGGCUCUGCUGUGCUGGUGAAUUUGAUAGGAGCCGUGAUAUAUUGGAUCAGAUGAUGAGGUAUGCUGUCGGGGUUACUCCAGUAUUGCAGGAGUUUGUGCGGGAUGCUUUUGGAAAAGUUGGACGAAGUGAAGAAAUUGAGAGAGUUUUGAAUGAAACCAGGUGGGCAUCCCCUCGGCCAGCUGGACCACCUAGAGCUCGACCAUGGGGACAGCUACGGCAGUCACCUGUAGAAUCUCCACAAAAUCAGAUGGCUGCACAGCAUGCAUCAGGUCCUCCUCAGGUGGCAAGACAGCAGUACGUGGGAUCUUCCCACACCCCUCGAGUGGGAGGACACCAGCCCUCUGGACCUGUUCAGAUGACUGGACGGCAGCCAUCCAUGCCCUCUCAGUUGGCUGGACAACAGACGUGGGGUUCCACACAGAUAGGAGCAAAAACUGCAGGACAGCAGUCAUUGGCUUCCACAGAGAUGGCAACACAAACUGCAGGACAGCAGCCAUGGGGUUCCACUCAAACGGCAGCACAAACUUCUUUUGGCCCUAUGUCCAGGCAGCAGCAUUUUAAUCCCUCUCACUACCCUGGACAGCAACAUUUUAGCCCUUCUCACUACCCUGGAGAGCAGCAUUUUAGGCCCUCUCACUACCAUUGGCAGGAGCCCCUUGGACCUGAUCCAAUUGCAGGGCAUGAGUCACCAAUGCCACAACAACAUCAGUCAGGAAACCCUCUAAGGGCAGGACAACAGCCUUGGGAACAACCUCAAAUGGCUGGACAACAGCCUUGGGGACACCCUCAACCAUCAGAGGUUCCACAAGAGAACGGAGAGGAUCAAUCAGGAGCCAUUGAUUGGCAGGAAAAGCAUCAACAGAUAGCAGUUUACAAAUGAAUUGGUUUUGGUUGAGCAAGGAAAUGAACACUUCCAUGUUAUCUCUUUCUGCAAUUAGUCUGCAGUUGCAUGUUUUCACUUAUGCAUACCGUAGUUUUCUGUAUGGUAUGCAAGGGUUUGAUUGUGCCUGUGAAAUUGAUCUCUCUGUAUGUUUCAUGCACCAUCUCCUACUUUGAUGCAUUAGCAACUAUUCAUA